AUGGAGCUGCUCCGACAGUUCCCGAAGCCUCAGGCGUGGAAGAAGGAGGAGGUGGAGGCAUGGCUGGAGAGCCUCGGCCUCUCCCUCUACCUCCCUGCCUUCGAGGCUGCAGGAGUGGAGGGAGCCGACUUGAUCCUCCUCGAUGCUGAGCAACUGAAGAGAAGGCUGGGAGUCACGUCGCUAGGGCACAGAACCAAGAUGCUGAAGAGCAUUGCGAUCUUGAGAGCCAAGGCAGGAAGCUCCAUGAGGAGAGAGGUGCAGGAGGACUUGAUAGAUCCGUUUCAAAGGGCGAGGAUGACUAUGGAUAAGAUCUACCCAGCGAAGCUGCGCAUUGAGAAGAAGGCAGCGCAAGACGAGAAGAUCGUGGACGCGCGGGCAAAGUUUUGGACGCCGGAAGAUAGGAAGAUGCGAGGAGCAGAAGAUUUGAAGACUAAGACGCUGGAAAGCAAGAGGACGCGACCCCCGUCCGCAUCCAAACAAUUGAGUGAGGAAAGACUGAAAGCGAUUGAUACCAAAGGCAUUCCGACUGUGCAGCUGGCGAUGGGGCAUGGACGGCAGGUGGCGGCCCUGGCGUUGAGAGGACAACAUCGAGAUGCUCAUUUGCAGUUGCAUCCAGACGCAAACAGAAGCAAAUUUCAAAGGAAGCAGGAGAAGCCAGCCUCCCGAUCUCCUCCCUUGGAUGUCUCGUACGAAGACGAAGAAGAGUCAGAAUAUUUGCAGCCGCCAUCAGUCAGGCUUGAGAUUAUUCAAGAGAGGAUCAAGAAGCUCAACGAGGAGGGUAACUUCGAAGAGCUCAUCAAGGCAUGGGUGGAGUAUUCAGCAUGUGUUCGCAUGCAGCACUCCGACAGCCAUCCCUUGCUCGUUCGCUCACACUUUCAUCUCGCUACGACUUACCUGCGGCUGAAGAUGAUCGUGCAGGCUCUCUUUCACUUCAAGGCUGCUGACAACAUCAACCAGCUCAACCCGCAAACCGACGAGUCCCUCGCGUUUCGCUGCAGAAUCCUCGAGGGCAUGGGAAUCUGCGAGACUCGGCUUGGAAACUACCAGUCGGCUCAUUCGUUGCUCGGGACGGCAAAGAAGAUCUGCAUGCGGAGGAUAGGAAAGACAGGAGACUCCAUGGCGACAGAAGAGGAAGAGGAGGAUGAAGUGCCUGACGAUCCCGACGGAACAGUGGCGUCCCUGUACGUGGCCAUGAGCGAUCUGUACUCAGCACAGAAACUGUUUGACGACGCGAUGAACUACCUGGUGAAGGCCUGGGAGCUGAAGGAAGCUCGCUCUUCUAGCCACAAGGACCCACAGAUCGGCAAGCUCUACACGGCGAUGGGGACGAUCAAGCGGCAGCAGCUGAAGCAGAUGACUGAGCAGUUCCACGUGGUGGAUGCAGAACUCGAGAGCUCUCUACGCAACAGAGCAGAGAUCGAGAGGAAGGCAGAGGGGAUCGAACUUGCUGGACUCGAGCAAGACAUGUUCGGGCUUGACAAGGACAUCGCCAACUUGUCAAGGCAGCACUCAGAACUGCAGCACAACAUGCGAGUGUGCAAGGCAGAGAUCAUUGAGCAUAUGAACGAAGCGCGGAAGAUCGUUCAGGAGACGAAGGGAGCAGAGCACCCAGAGACAGAAAAAAUCACGGAGCUGGUCGGGAAGCUGUGCAGCAAGUUCCUGGAAGAGGAGAAGGAUGCGAUCAUGAGACUGAAACCCGUCAACAAGAGAAACUCAGCAGACGAGGAGGUGAAGGAAUGGUUCGCCAACCAUGGGGUCGAGGCCUUGGACGUGAGCAACGCAAGCUUGCCCCUCGUCCCAAAUUGA